AGGGUGCUCUCCUUUGGUCUGCACACACCUCACUACCUUGGAAUGAGGAAGACUUAUUUACAGUACAUGUGGAAUCACCACUCCCGUGUUAAAUACGUUCAUUUCAAGUAGCCUAUAUAAGUGAAGGAGCGAGUUACGACUUCAUCACAUUGGAAAAAUGAAGUUUGUUGACUUGUAGCAAUUUACCAAAGUUGUUUGCGCAGGCGCAGAAGGUUCGCGCCCGUUAGCUGUCAAAAAGUUGAGUAUAUUUUUUUCCUCCCUCCUCCACCUUCUCCUCCCAGCUAACCGGGGAGCCCACUCAGCGCCGCGGCUCACUUCCUAAAUGUCUACACGGAGCUCCAAUUUGGUGUUGAUACGCGGAGUGUCGACCCUCUUCAAAGUUAAGGUGUGCUUCAGGGGGGCGUUCCGGGGCUCAGAAAUUCCGUCUUCACAGCAACAGCACUACCUCCACUUCCUCCACCGCCACCAUCGUCGCCGUGCAGCAUGAUCUCGAUGAUCAAUCGCCUCCAGGAUGCCCUGAGCACCGCGGGUCUGAGCUACAGUCUCCUCUUGCCGCAGAUCGCGGUGGUGGGCGGUCAGAGCUCAGGGAAGAGCUCCGUGCUGGAGAACUUUGUGGGCAGAGACUUCCUUCCUCGAGGUACUGGGAUAGUCACUCGCAGACCUUUAGUCCUGCAGCUGCAUCAGUCCGACACCGAGUUUGGGGAAUUUUUGCACUGCAGGGGGAAGAGGUUCUCCGACUUUGACGAGAUCCGCCAAGAAAUUGAGGCAGAAACCUACAGGCUCACAGGAACCAACAAAGGCAUCUCUCCCGUUCCCAUCAACCUCCGCAUUUUCUCUCCCAACGUGCUCAACCUGACCCUGGUGGACCUGCCUGGCAUCACCAAGGUGCCCGUGGGCGACCAGCCGCCACACAUCGAGUAUCUGGUGCGAGACAUGAUCAUGCAGUACAUCUGCAAGGAGAACUGCCUCAUCCUGGCGGUGACACCUGCCAACAUGGACCUGGCCAACUCCGACGCACUCAAACUGGCAAAAGAUGUCGACCCACAGGGCCAGCGCACAAUAGGUGUGAUCACAAUGUUGGACCUGAUGGAUAAAGGAACAGAUGCUCGGGAAAUACUAGAAAAUAGAUUGCUUCCACUGAGAAGAGGUUAUAUUGGGCUAGUGAACCGCAGUCAAAAGGACAUCGACGGAAAAAAGGAUAUUAAGACGGCUUUGCAAGCAGAAAAAAAGUUCUUCCUGUCCCACCCAGCUUACAGGCACAUGUGCGAACGAAUGGGCACGCCGUACUUACAGAAAUACCUCAACCAGCAACUGACAAACCACAUCCGGGACAGUCUUCCUACACUCCACAGUCACCUGCAAUAUCUGCUUGUGUCCAUCAGUAAAGAAGUUGACACAUAUAAACUAUACAAUCCUAAUGAUCCCAUUUGCAAGACCAAGACCCUCAUCAAGCUAGUUCAGCAACUGGCUGGCGACUUUGAGAGGCUGAUCGAGGGCUCAGCAGACGAAGUUAACACAGCAAACCUGUCGGGCGGCGCAAGAAUCAACCAGAUCUUCCAUGAGCGUUUUCCAUACCAACUGCACAAAAUGAAGUGUGAUGAAAUGAAACUGCGGAUGGAGAUUUCCUAUGCCAUCAGGAACAUUCAUGGUGUCAGAACGGGCUUGUUUACCCCGGACAUGGCUUUUCAGGCCAUUGUGAAGAAGCAGAUCUCCAAACUAAAGAUUCCAUGUUUUGGAUUUGUUGACAUGGUGUGCAAGGAACUGGUCUCCACCAUACAUGAGUGCUUCAGUAAACUCAGUUCCUUUCCCAAGCUGCGGGAAGAAAUGGAGCGAAUUGUCACCACCGAAAUCCGUGAACAAGAGAACACAUGCCGGGAUCAGAUCUCUCUGCUCAUCGACAUGCAGCUCGCCUAUAUUAAUACCAAACAUGAAGACUUUAUUGGCUUCACUCAUGCUCAGCCCCUGUGCCAUCGCAGCGAUAAGAUCGUUGCAGGCAGUGGAGUGCAACAGGGUGUGACCCCUCCCUCGAGUCUAAUAGUCAUACGUAAAGGAUGGCUCACCAUUAACAAUGUCAGCAUCAUCGCCAAGGACUACUGGUUCAUACUCUCCGCCGAGAGCCUGUCUUGGUUCAAAGACAACGAGGAGACAGAGAAGAGGUACAUGCUCCCUCUGGACAACCUCAAGGUCCGAGAUGUUGAGAGGGGCUUCAUGUCCAGCAAGUUCGCCUUCGCCCUCUUCAAUUCGGAGUCGAGCCUGCUUGCUGAAGUUUGCUGCGGCCUUUUCGACAAGUAUGCUCAAGGGGAGGAAACGGGAAGAUGCGUUUGGCCUUCCUGUGACCUACACCAUUCUGCUGAGAGGAUAUCCAGUUGGUAUCAGCCGUGGCGACGGGUGUGGUUUUAUUGUCUACGUGUAUACGCCAGACUGCGCAGUGCACGGAUAUGUUGCCUUAACGUGUGUGAAACAGAUGGAGAGAACAUAAGAGGAGUUUGGGGGGGAGAUGGUAAUAGGAGCUGAUUGGACCGGCGCAUAUGUGCUGUGUUUAUUAUACUGCUGUAUUCUCUCACACACACACAACCUGCGCUCGUGCACAAAUGAGUGGCGCACACCAUACCGACGGCAGGCUCAUUAAGUAACUAAUCCAAGCCAGAGAGCUUGGAUGAGAGAUGAGGAGGUUCUUGCUUGGAAAGAAUUGCUCGAGUCGCCGCAGAGAAAAAGGAGAAGAACAAGAAAAGUGGUUGAGGGGAGGACGAAAGCGUAUCGGCGCCAUCAGCCAGGAAUGUGUCAAAAUGUCCUCUGCCUCCAAACCCCUAACCAACACCAACACCCCCCCCCCAUUUCUUUUCCUGUGCUUUCUCUCUUUUUGUAUUUUCCCUAAUCUAAAAAAUGUCUUGAAAUCGAAAGCAACCACGUUCACAGCAGGAAUUCCUUCACAGAAGAUGUAGUCAGGAUGUGUGAUAAAUCUGCACGAGGAACACUUUUACUGUCUGCAUGUGUCCUGACUGUUGAACGGCAAUGGGGACGCUUUUUUCACAACAGGGCCCUGGGCCCUUUCAAUUUUUAUGAAGCAUAAUAAAUUGAUCCUUCUGAGUAAACUUGAAAAGUUAGGGGAAAAAAGUUGCAACAGCACACCAGCGUCGCCUCAAAAGGAAUGUCUAUAUGAAGCUCUAGCAUAACAGUAUGACCAAUGAAGUCUCAAGGAUUUAUGCCUCAAAUUAACCAGGAAUUCAGCCAUUUUGAUUUGAAGCAGCCAUUUUGAUUGAAUUCCAGACUUGAAUUUUGACCAACUACUACUUGUGAAUUCGCCUAAACUCAGAAGCAGCUAUCCGGGGAAAAUGGGCAACGCUAAAUUGUGAAGGAUUUAGUCUUUGGAGAAUGGUGUUAGUGUGCUGAUCAUUCCAUGGCUUUAAGUAGAUUUAGGGGAAAAAAUAGCUACAAACUCUAGUUUCACUCUUUGACAUGAAAUCGGGUGGACAUGUCUGUUGUAACGGAACAAAAAAGUCUGAAGGAUGCAAGCCUGAGAUUGAACUGGUAGUUGGACAACUUGGUUGGAAACAGCUGUUAUGGGCAACAUUUCCAGUCCUUGAAGGUUUGGAAAAAAAUUAGUCCACUACGCUAGUUUUAAUGAUUGGCAUGAAAUUGUUUGGAGAUGUCUAUCAUAAGGCGCAACGGUGGAUCAGCUGGUAAAACGUUGGCCUCACAGUUCUGAGGUCCCGGGUUCAAUCCCGGACCUACCUGUGUGGAGUUCUCAUGUUCUCCCCGUGCCUGCAUAGGUUUCUGCCGGGCACUCCGGUUUCCUCCCACAUUCAAAAACAUGCAACAUUAAUUGGACACUCUAAAUUGCCCCUAGGUGGCGGCUGUUUGUCUCCAUAUGCCAUGGCUGGCAACCAGUUCAGGGUGUACCACUACUCCUGCCCGUUGACAGACAGCUGGGAUAGGCUCCAGCACUCCCUGCGACUGUCGUGAGGAUAAGCGGUGAAGAAAAUGGAUGGAUGGAUGUCUAUCUUAAGAGGGGGGACAAAAAAAAGUUUCAAGGCCCCAUGCCUGAAAUUGAACAUAAACUCUGCCAUUUUGGUUUAAAGAAGCCAUUUAGAGUGAAUUUCAGGGCUCGUCCUUUGAUUAACAUCUACUUGUGAAUUCAUGCAAAUGAGCCCUUCAUUGGAAGCAGGUAUCCUCAACAAAUGGGUGACGCUAAAUUUUUAAGAAUUUUGUCCUAGCAGAAUGCCAUCAAAGUUUGAACAUCAUUUUGUGGAUUCUUGGAAAGCCUGAGAAAAAUUGGUCCCCAUCACCAAUUUUGCCAAUCAAAACGAAAUUGGGUGUGCUCAAUAGUCACGUAGAAAAAAUGAGCCCCCUGUGCCAGUUUCACUGAUAAGCAUGGAAUUCGUUGUAAUUUUCUAUCAUAACACGGCCAAAGAAGUCUCAAGGACCUGUGCCCGCAAUUAACAACCUUUUGGUCUGAAGCUGGGAUUUUGGGAAAAGUGUAGCAAUUAUUCGAAACAGAUUGGCAGUGUUAAAUUUUUUUCCUCUAUCCUGUGAUGUGGGUGGAACAUGGCUAAUCAAAGCUUAAUAAUUUAGAGAAUUUUCCGUAAAAAGGGGGUAGGAGGACUCGUUCAUCACUGCUUGCAGCUUUGAUUAGUUUCUAGAA